AUGUCCAGUGCAUCAGUAUAUAGUCAUGCUGUGAAAUCAAAGAGACUUGUGUUCGAGGCCAUGUCUAGCGCCUCGAAGAAUUUAACUUGGAUUCCUCACUGUGGCAACUUGAAGCUUUACGUAAAGGUACGUAUAGCAGCAAAAUUCAUCAUUCAUGCUCCUCCUGGAGAGUUUAAUGAGGUUUUUAAUGAUGUUCGGUUGCUGCUGAAUAAUGAUAAUCUCCUCAGGGAGGGAGCAGCCCAUGCAUUUGCACAGUAUAACUUGGAUCAGUUUACUCCAGUGAAGAUUGAAGGUUAUGAAGAUCAGGUACUGAUAACAGAACACGGUGAUUUGGGAAAUGGAAAGUUUUUGGAUCCGAAAAACAGAAUCUGUUUCAAAUUUGAUCACUUAAGAAAGGAAGCAACUGAUCCGAGGCCCUACGAAGCAGAAAAUGCGAUUGAGUUAUGGAGAGCUUCUGUAGAAACGGCGCUGCGAGCGUAUGUAAAAGAGCAUUACCCGAAUGGGGUUUGCACUGUGUAUGGUAAAAAAAUAGAUGGACAGCAAACCAUUAUUGCAUGCAUAGAAAGCCACCAGUUCCAAGCAAAAAAUUUUUGGAAUGGUCGUUGGAGGUCAGAGUGGAAGUUUACAAUCACACCUUCAACCACCCAGGUGGUUGGCAUCUUGAAAAUUCAGGUUCAUUAUUAUGAAGACGGCAAUGUUCAGCUCGUGAGUCAUAAAGACAUCCAGGAUUCCCUCACAGUGUCUAAUGAAGUACAAACAGCAAAAGAAUUUAUAAAGAUUGUAGAAGCUGCAGAAAAUGAAUACCAGACUGCCAUCAGUGAGAAUUAUCAGACAAUGUCCGACACUACUUUCAAAGCC